CCGUUUUUGUUGGCUACUAAAUCCUUACGUUCAGUAAUAUCUGCUGCUCUCCCUCUCACUUUUUGUAUCAAGAGAACGCAUUGUUCCAUUGCAAGUGUAUAAGAAAAAUCGAUCAGUCGGAUAGACCGAAACGAGAGUCGGCAAGAUGAACGACGGGGAUGUGUCCAAGCAGAUACAGCAGAUGAUCCGGUUCAUCCGCCAGGAGGCAGAGGAGAAGGCCAACGAGAUCUCUGUCUCUGCCGAAGAGGAAUUCAACAUAGAGAAGCUGCAAAUUGUUGAUUCCGAGAAGAAGAAGAUCCGGCAGGAAUAUGAGCGGAAGGCGAAGCAGGUUGAAGUGCGAAAGAAAAUAGAGUACUCGAUGCAGCUGAACGCGUGCCGUCUGAAGUACCUUCAGGCUCAGGACGAUGUUGUCAACUCCAUGAAAGAAGCUGCAACCAAAGAGCUUCUCCGUGUCUCAAACAAUAAGAAUUCGUACAAGAAACUCCUUAAAGACCUGAUUGUACAGAGCCUGCUGCGACUGAAGGAACCAGCGGUUCUGCUUCGAUGCCGGGAAGUGGACCGGAAGCUCGUGGAGUCCAUUCUGGAAAAGGCGAAGAAGGAGUACGCCGAUAAAGCGAAAACGCAACCUCCCACUAUUACACUUGGUGAGGGUGUUUUCCUCCCGCCACCUCCCAAGAGUGCCGAUUCUCAUGAACCUUCCUGCUCGGGUGGAGUGGUCUUAGCUUCACAGGAUGGAAAGAUAGUCUGUGAGAAUACUCUUGAUGCUCGGUUGGAUGUUGUCUUCCGGCAGAAGCUGCCUGAGAUAAGGAAGCGUCUUCUUGGACAAACUACCGCGUGAUUAACCAUUGCAACAUAUACAUAAAUAUAUUCUUCUCUUUAGGUUCCACACCGAGGUUUCAUUUACCAUUCUUUUCCUGUUCGAUUCUUUUCCGUGAAGUUUGUUCGUAAUUAGCCUGCGGUCUUGUUAUUAUAUCUUGAACAUCCUACUGAUAAGGUGAUGUGAUCUCAUUGUUUUGUAAUAAACAAAUGGAAUUGAACUCGAA